AUGGCCGCCAGCGUCAAGCCUGCUCCUGCGGAUACCACCGCCAGCCAAGCUGCCCAAGCUCCGAACCUACCAGCAUCACCGACGGCAUCUGCAGCCCCGGAGACGGCCCUGAUGAUAUCACCUAUCGUGGAGGCUCCCGCGCAUCACCAGGAGAAAACUGAGGAAUCUCUACUGAGCGCAGAGGUGACUGAAAUAAUUAAAGCUGUUGAAAGCCAAGAAAACCUACUGGAAGAUAUUCAAAAUGAUAUUCAUGAGGCUGCAAGUCAUCUUCAGGAUCUUGAAAACGCACUGGGGAAUAAUUCAACUAUUGCACUUGGCAUCAGUCAGAAUCAGUCAGAAAUAGAUGACCGUGUCGUCCGGGAAAUAGUAUUACCACAUAUAGAAAAUUUCCUCAAAGCUCAUUUUAGUCCCAUAUGGAACAGUUUUAACAAAAGUCUUCAAAAUCUUAAUGGUAUGGUUAAGAACCUUUCUGAAAGUGUUGAGAUUAACAGAAGAACAUUGGAUAUAUUCUUGGAGAAUUCUGUACCAAAGAAAGACCUCUAUGAGCUAGGGACUAAAUUUGAGUCCAAAAUUCAAGAAAAUUUUGAUAAACUUGAACAACUGAAACAACAGAUAGAUAACAACUUCCAUACACAACAAACUGUGAUCCAUCAUAAUUUGACCAUGAUAAAAGCUGAUGCAGAUGUAAAGUUGAAACGGAAUCUGAAGUUUCAACAGUCACAGUAUUCCUACUUAAACUUUAGCAUUGGAGAACUUCGCAGAGGGCAAGAACAACAUCAAGAUGAUCUAUUAGAUUUGGCUCAAAAUAUCACACUACUUUGUUCCCCAAGACAUGUAGAACUAUCUUCUACUGCAAAUUACCAAGUAAAUGAAACCCUUAUAGAACAUGAGACCCAGAUUAAAUAUUUAUUGACUGAAUCAGAGGCAGCUUUUGAAAAUAUUAAUAUUCUGGAGAAAUGGUUAAAGGAACUCCGUACCGAAUUUAAACAGAAUUCAGAAAAAGUCCAGAUGCAGUUCAUGGAAAAAAGCCUCAUCGUGGAAGAAAUCAAAGAUCUAAUUCAGAGGCAGAUAAUGGAACUUAAUUAUACUGUUAACAGUAUACAAAACAGUAGUGAUGAGUUAUUUGAUAAUUGUGACUGCCACAAAAUGAAUUUGGACAUAAUUGCUCUUGAGGAAAUACAACGGAACUUCUCAAAUCAAUUUAGAGAUGUUUUAUAUGGAAUAGAAGAUGUUAAACAGAAGGAGGGAAGUUCAAAGACAUAUCUGCAGCAUUCUGUAGAAGAUUUAGCACAGGCCCUUCAGUUUAACCGUCAAUCUCUUGCUGCCCAACAAGAACAAGGACGAAAGUUAAUGCUCAUCACUUCCCAGUUGCAAACUCAAAUAAAAACCCUUACAGAAGAUGUCAGACAUAUUAGGAUGGACAAUGGUCAGAUCCACAAGCAUAUUAAACAUCUAGACAGUUCUUUCAGCUCUCUUCUUGAAGAUGCAACAAGACAUGAGAGAGUGUUGGAAGCUCUGCUUGGAGAAGAAGCUCUUGAACUUCUGUCUGAAGAUAAUCCAGAAGCUGUGUAUAUAACAGUCAUAAAAAUGCAUGAAGUGCUGAACAACACUUUGCAUGUGCUGGAAAAGCAGCUGCUCAAUACUGAUUCAUUGAGUGAACGUUUGCAAUUCUUGGAGAUGCAUUAUGGAAAUCAAAAUUCUCCUGAUUCCCCUGCCAUUUUCAAUGUUGAGCAACAUAAUGAAGGAAGAACACUUGAUAGAUCCUUACGGAGUGGCAGUUUAGAGCACAUGGAGCCAAAUCAUGAAGCAUCUAGAGAUCAUGAUGCUAAUGAAUUUGAACACAAUGAUAUUAUGAUCUUGAAAAGGGAUCUUCAGUAUCUCUAUGCCAAAGUUAACGAGCUACAGUCUUCAUUAUCUAAUUCAACACAUUCUAAAAAUGAUACAAUUAGAGAUGCUUUAAAACCAUUUAACACUUCAAUUAUUUCUAUAAAGUUGGACAUUGAAAAUUUAAGAGAGCUUUAUAAUGAACACAUCCAGUUAUUCCAUAAGGUAUUUGGAAAUUAUGAAGCAUUAAUUUCUUCAGAUGUACCUCUGGAUAUUGAAAAGCUCAAGUCAUUCAUUGAUAAAAAAAUGAAAAAAAGACAAAAAGGAUUAGAAACACAAAAUAAAAAACAAAAUAAAAAACACAGUGAAGAACACUGGCAAUCUGAUGAAACAGGAUCACCCCAUCAAGAUCCUCUUGUUGCAUUCAGUGCAAUUUUUACCACUGGUGCUGAAGGAGCAAAAAUGAUCCGAUUUAAUGAUAUUGAUCUUAAUUAUGGAGAUGCAUUUUCCUCAGAUGGCCACUUCACAGCUCCAUACACUGGAGUCUAUGCCUUUUCAAUAAGUGUGGAUUUUGGCGUUGGUAACGGACUUGGAUAUUUGGUUUUUAACGGACGACACAGUAUUUCCCUUGAAAACAGCAACACUGAGCCAGCAGAAGGAAAUUUAUUUUAA